AUGUGUGUGGGUGCUCAGCGGCCCCGGGCACCGCCGUCCGCCCUCCUGCUCCUGGGGCUGGCGCUGGGCUCCGCGGCCAAGCUCACCUGCACCGGGGACACCUACCCUCGGGGCGACAAGUGCUGCCAUGACUGCCGGCCCGGGUUCGGCAUGGUGGAGCGCUGCACCGCAGCCCAGGACUCCGUGUGCCGCCAGUGCGCCCCCGGCUUCUACAACGAGGCCACCAACUACCAGCCCUGCAAGCUCUGCACGCGGUGCAACGAGCAAAGCGGGAGCGAAACCAGGCAGGCGUGCACCCCCACGAGCGACACCGUGUGCAGCUGCCGGCCCGGCACCCAGCCCCGCGACGGCAGCUUCAAGCGAGGAGUCGACUGUACCCCCUGCCUUCCCGGACACUUCUCCCCGGGCAACAACGAGGCCUGCAGACCCUGGACCGACUGCAGCUUGGCGGGGAAGCACACCCUGCAGGCCGCCAGCAGCAGCUCUGACGCCGUCUGCGAGGACAGGACGCCCCCUGCCCCCCAGCCCUCGAAGACCCCGGGCCCCCCAACCCGGCCCUCCACCACCCGGCCCUCCACCGCCCAGCCCACCACCGCCUGGACCCCGACCUCACAGCCGCCCACCAGCCCCCCCACAGAGCCCCCCAGGGGCCCCCAGCUGGCCGCUGUCCUGGGCCUGGGCCUGGGGCUGGGCCUGCUGGCCCCCGUGGCUGCCGCCCUGCUCCUGCUCCUGCACUACAGAGCCAGGAGGCCGUCCGCCGGCUUCCGGAAGCCCAUCCAGGAGGAGCACUCGGACGCCCACUCCACGUUGGCCAAGCUCUGA